AUGGUGGCUCACGCUCUGGUUGAGCUGCUCACGGCAGAGUAUCUGGACUCGCUGCUGGAGAAGGUGGUGCAUGAGCUUGCUCGCCGGCUGGUACGCCUCGCACGAUGGCGCGCCUCUCCGCAGAGCCUCUCGACGAUGGUUCUUCUUCUGGGUGAUGCCGUGAGUAUGUGGCGCUGGGGCCAUCGCAUGGCUUCGGCCUGGUGCUCCCUGGCACUUGUCCGAGGUGCUGGAACAACCACACAACAAGCUUGGGGUCGCUGGCGCAGCAUUUGGGCGGUGUUGCUCGUCUGUUCUCGCCGCAUCUUGCGCCAAUGCCUUGUCUGGCUCCAGCAAGGCAUGGACGGUCAUCGCCUACUCGAUCGACGUCAAGACACUUCAGCUUUGGGCGACGACCGCGUCAGUACUGCUCGAGGCCCCUCGGGCCAACAGCACGCCCUGCCCGUCGAGGCCUGGCUCGAGUAUCUGGUUGGGGGUUGGCAACUGCUGGAUGUUGGACUUUCGCUCUCCUCUGCCGCGCGCGUCUCAACCGCUACCUCGGUGCUGGAUCUGUUGACCGGGCUAACCACGCGCCGCAUCCUUCGGGCGGCGCCGAUGGCCGUGUCAUCCAGUCUCCCGGCACCAAGUGAAUCACACCUUCCCCUUGCCCGUCGGUUGCUGCGCGCAACACCCCGCGUCCUUGCAUCCGCGUGGCGACUGCUGCCCAUGGCCGGCUCGAUUCUCAUUUUAUUUGGCGAAGAGCCAGUCCGAGAAUCGACUCUGACUCAGGCUGCGAAUGCUCUUCAGCCUGCAAACUCGGAUUAUGCAGCCCAGGCCAUCCCACCCGGUGCAGCGGCCCAGGGCAGAGAACAUGAGCCCACCGCGGCUAGCUGCGGAUUGUGCGCCCAACCCCCCCGUGAUCCAGCCUUGUUGCCAGAAUCAGGCCGCGUGUGCUGCUGCGCGUGUUUAAGACAAGCGCUCGCGCAGACAGGCAUGGACCCAUUCGUGCAGCGACCAGCUCAAGCAGCCGACUUGAUCCUCCUGUACGCCAAAUCCGCCCUCGAUCUUGAGCCAGCAUGA